AUGAAAAAAAAAAAAGAAAAGUAAAAACGAUCAUUUUAAGCUUGUAGAAAACAAGUUUGUUUCAGGCGAAUUAUACUGAGAAAUGGCGUUUGUAACUCGUUGGAUCAUCAUAGAUCGCUUCGAUUCAAUUCGAUGCGCGUCAAGAAUUCAUUUCCAUCGUAUUUAAUAAUUCGACUCCCGAUCGGUGUUAAAUUAUAAUUCUUCGUGUUAAAUUCGCGGCAGAAAAAAAAAGGUAGUCUUGACUUUUAACGUGGCUCAAAUGAAAACCCAAUUCGAGUUGAGUCGCGGAAAGCUUUUUGAUUUCAACGUAGAUCGCGCGUUUUUCACUUCUCGGAAAAGUAAAAAAAUCUUUCUCGAAACUUGGAGAAAAUUAAAGACAAUAUUCCCUUGAAAUUUAAAUUCAGAACUUUAUCGUCUACCAUAAAUGUGUCCAAAUCAACUUUACACAGAAUAUUUAAUAUAUAUAUAUAUAAAAUUAAAUUUAAAAUAUUCGACAUAAAUAUCCUAUUAUUCACAUUCUAUAAUUAAUGUAAAUAAUAUAAUAAUAAUAAAUGAAAUAAUUAUAUUAAUUAUAUAAUAAAAAUUUAAGUACUUCAAAUACAAAAUUAAACGGAAUUAAUAAAGUAAACUUCAAAAUCGAAAAAAUUAAAAAUAAUAAUCUAAUUAGAAAAAAAGGCAUUGGAAAAUGGAAAUAUAACAUUCAAAUGGAAUUUUCUUUUUCUGGAUUUAAUAUUUUAUUCAUAGAGAUUAAUUCGUUUCAAUUAAAAGUUAAACAUAAAUAAAGGAAUUUACAGGAUCAAUUGUAAUUGAUGCUGAGAAAAGAACUGUUCGAAUAUUUUGUAUUAAGAUCAAAUUAUUGUCAAAAAUUUUCGUUCAAGCAAAGUAGAUUCCAUCAAAUUUUAUUUAUUUAUUUUUUUUUUAUUACGAUUGUUCCGGGGACGACACAUUUACAAAUGUGACGACCAAUUUAGAGAAAAUUACAGAGGGAGGAGUUGCAGUUGCGUUAUUAUUAAGAAAUAUUAUUUAUACUUUAUUAUUUUAACAAUCAAACCCGUCAACAUCACGGAUUUCAAACUUUCGUUUCUUCGUAACAUUCUGCUGUCUGUCUAGACAGAUAGAAUGCAAUUGUACAAAUUUAUUUAUUUUAAUUAUCACUUAAAGUAUUACGAUUUAUAUGUAGAAUACUCUGAUGUUCGAUUGUUCUGCUAUAAAUCGAUUCCUCUACUAUUAAUAUUUCCAUUUAUUUGUUCAUAUUAAUAUUUUUCAAAAUCAAAAUAUAUGUCAAGUAUAUAUAUAUAUAUAUAUAUAUAUAUCUGUUCACAGUAUAGUCUGAUCACAAAGUAACCUAAUAUCGGUUCGAGUUGUUAUUCCUCUGUUUCGAACUGAAUUGCUCCUAAUCGUCGUGUAUAGAAAUUGCAUUCUAAUGCUAGAUGAAUGAUCAGCGAGUAGCAUAAAGCCUCUUGGUUGAUCCAGGUCAGUGACUAUCGUUGUUACUCUCUGUAAUUGGUACAGCUUGAACUGCGUAUGAACUGUGUUACAGUGAUGCCACAAAUAUACAUUUGCAACGAUCGGUAAUUACUAAUUUAUCCUAACCUCGUAGUUAUAUAUAUAUAUUUGUUCGUAGAAAAUUUCGACAUUUCUGUAAUCAUACAUCGAUAGUUAAGUUAAUCAUUUCCUGCGAACGAAACGUCGACUCGAUUAGUAGAAAUUUAUUUAGGGUCCGAGAUAGUUUCGGAGAGUAAUUCUUCGACGUAAUUCUUCUGAAUUGUCGGAAGAACUCGAAGAGUUCGAAAAACUUCGUAAGAUUUCAGAAACGGUUCGAAACUGCAGGCUCUCGAAGCCUAGAAUGUUGAUUUCCACUUUACAAGAGGGAUGGAUUUCGUGUUCUUCCCGAAUCUAAAUUGCUUCCUUUUUUUCUUUUGUCGACUGAAGCUCUUUCUGUUUCGAUUUUCAAUUCUACAAAUAUUCUUCGUUCACUUUAAUUUCUUUACUUUUCCUUUUCUUCUUUGAGUUUCGAGAGUCUCGAAUCACGAAACAGACGUACGAAGCGUAAUAUAAAUCCACGUACUUGUCUCUCGACGUUUGAGUUUUCAACUUCAAAGAUUCGUCGUUCGAUGUCUUUCGACGCGAGUAAACUCUUCGUUCGCGACAGUUCUCGCCUUGUAACCGAUCCAACCGUCGUAAUAAUCGUUUCUGUAGCGCGAUCGUUUCCUUCGGGUUACGUCAUCUCGCGGCAGACGUAACCCAAUUUAAUUAUCAAUGAUGCCACUACGACAGCUGCCUCCAGUCAUGACACCGAGAGAUUACAGUACGAUGUUUGCGAUCUUCUUCAAACCGUGCGAUCGUAAAUACCGUCAUAAACUGUGCCGAUAAUAACGAUCGUCUCGCUGGGACGGUAGCUAUCCUUCCUUCGCGUUUCGCAACCUCGUCUUUGUUAAAACAUAAAACGACCCGUGCGACACGUUUCUCGUCAGUUGAACAAUGAUGAAUAGCAGUUUGCGUUACAAAAGACGACGUGUUGCCUGUCGAAUCGCUCGAGCCAAAUCAUCGGCCCGAUAACAGUUACACAGAAUGCUUUCUGCGCCAAUGAAAUUGCGCGAAACUUAUCACUCGAAUUGUUAUUCCGUUUGUUCGUAAUCGUUGCAGUCUGUAGUUAUUUCAUUCGAAUUAUGUAGAGCAUGUCGAGUGAGGAGCAACGUCGUCGAUUGUUCGAUCAAAACCAUCGCUCUAAAUAUCUCUCUAUUCGUAGGAACGAAAUUCUUGAGAUUUUUCAGAGGUUUUAUUCUAUCGUUGUUGCAAUUCCAAAUCGUUAAACCGUUUUCUUUUUAAUUAGAACAAACUCGUUACGCUCGUCGCUCGAAAUAUUUGCAAGUUCCGCCACGUUUUCAUCGUUGUUAAUGUUAAUUCAAUUUUUUCGGAUGAUAUACCCUCUCAAACUUGUCUUUCGUAAAUUUGUUGGAUGACAUUUAUACAGUGCUCCUCUCUUCUCGGCACGUCUUUUUAGAAUUUCUCUUUCGGUAAAUUGAGAGCGAAGGGGAAAGAAACGUAGAUGAUCAACUCCUGGAGUUUGCCUUGAGAAUAAAUAUUCGCAGGGCAGAACUUUCAGAGGACUCAGCGUUAACACUGAAUUAAUAUUGUCGAACUUAUCCAACACCAUCUCGAUCUUUCGACUCGCGCGUGUUUCCCUUUCACAGUUGGUCCCGAUAUCCGUUUCUCGCGUACAGGAUGAAAAGAGAACUUUGUCCGUGGCUAUCAUAGAUGAAUUACAAACUUUCGAUUUGAUGGAAAUACAUGUAAAAUUUUUUUUUUCUUGCAUUGUGUUCUACUUAUCACGAAGCUAAAACUUUUCCAAUGAACUAUAGAUCACAAUCUAAUAGUUGUCUUGAAAAGGAUGAAAAGAGACGUUUGUCCGUGGCUAUCAUAGAUGAAUUACAAACUUUCGAUUUGAUGGAAAUACAUGUAAAAAAAUUUUUUGUGUUCUACUUAUCACGAAAAGUCGUUCCACUUUGCCUGGGAUUUAAACGGAAGGAUGUGCGCGUGUGGCCAGAGACUUUCUUCCAGCGAAUCGAGAUCAGCCCGGUGUGUGAUUGGCGAGUGAGACAGAAUGCCAGUGUGAUGGAUCUGAACGUGUGCUCGCGGCGUGUCCACGACGGCUACGCGACCAUAAGGUCGCGAGGUCGCAGCAGACCUCGAGCCGUCUACAGAUCCGACUCGGAGGAGUUUCUGAAGGAGGCCGGCGGCCCGUACGCUCUCCCCCAACUGUCCAACUUCCCCGUGGUGGUCGCGAGCAACAACGACCUGCAGCAGGUGCCGAGAUGGAGCGACCUUGGCAGGGAUUGCCUGCUGAUCGAGAACUACGGGACGCUGAGAGGCUCGAAGAAGGGAAAUCCUUCGCCGGAGGAGCGCAGACUGGUGACGCUGAACACGUUCGCGUCGAGCAAGGUCGGGCAAGGUCACGUUCAUGGCGAGGCGCGAGUGAACGGCCAAGGACAGCCGAGCGACGCGUUCUCGAGUAAAAACGGAUCGGACGAGAGGAAGCUGGGCUUGUCGAUCGAUCGCGUCUACGACGACGGAGUUUGCGCGGAGGAACGAAUUUCGUUCCGAUCGAAGAGCGAUCCUCCCUCGAGGUUCGCCGAGGAUCACUUCCGACCUACCGCGAUGCUCGACUCCGACCUGAACAGGCUGAACGAGAUGGAGAGUUACGCGGAUUGCUCGGCGAGAAGAGGCGGCGGGAGAAGGAGCUUCGACGUGAGGAGGGACGACGCGAGGUUGAGGAGAAUAAUCGGCGAUACCAAAGGCAGGCAACCGAUCUACGCGGUGCCGAACGUACUGUCGAGGCCGAGGCGCGACCGUCGGGUGGCGAUCGUCGACGGGAACUACGUUCCGAGCGGCGAUCUUUACCGCACCACGGCCAAGUACAUCGAAGACAUCAACAAGAACAUCGCGGAGAUCGACAAGAGUUACGAGGAGCUCAAGUCGUCCUCCAACUCGAGGAACAACCCGUCGUCCACGUACGGGGUGAUCAACAGGAUCGCCAAGGGCGAGUCGAUCGAUCGGCCGGGCAUCGAUCUGUGCGGCUACGCGAGGAAGAGAGACAUGGCGCCGAUGCCCCCCAUAUCGUCCGACUUUGGCGAGAGUCUUCUCGAGGAGAAGACCGACGGAGUGAAAACGGACAGCUCGAUUUUGAUACUCAAGAGUAGUAGCGGCAGGCCGAACUCGUUCGGCAAACUUCCGCCCAAGUUACUCCCGAGGUCGUCAUCGAUCGAGAACACGUCGAGGCACUCGACGGGAUCGACGACUACUACGUCCUCGACGAAAUCCACCGAGUCGCUGUACGCAAUCAGCGAGGUUGGAGGGCAGAGCGGAGAGAACGACGAGCUUGGGAAAUCAGGAAGCGGGAUCGUCCAGGACCGGUCGCUCGAUUUCAAGCAGGAUCGGAGGGCGAGCACCGAGGGAUCGGACGAGCUCGAGUCCAAGGACGAGAUGUCCUCCACCGACGACGACAGGCCGACGAUCGUUCGGUCGGUGGAUCGUCUGCCGGUCACCAGUUCGAUUCGGAAGAAUCGUUCGCGAGUCGACUCGGCAGACAGAUCGUCGUACUUGAAGAGGGACCGAGUUUCAACGUGUCAAACGUCCAGGUGCGACAGCGUUCGUCGGUCGAACGAUCUCGUCGCGAACGACAGAAAUUUCUACAAAUCGCCAACUUCGCUGGCGAAGUCAGUUCUCAAUUAUUCGGAGAGGAGGUGCGAUACGUUGCCCACUCGAAGGUCGAGAGCCACCUCGAGACCUCUUCACAAAUCCAGCGAAGACGUGCUCGACGGUGAACGACCGGCCCGCGCCAGAUCGUCGUCCCUUCACAGACCUUGCACCAGCGACCUGGACCUGGUCGGCGAGCGACGAAACGACGAACGUCUCGAUAACCGGAAGAACAAUUUCGACAACUUCUUCAGACCGCCGCCCCUUUAUUUGAUGGACGCCACCGACGUUAUACUGCGCGGACAUCUGGACAGAACCAGCCGCGGUCUCCAGCAGUGGCAAGAUCAUCUCUCAGCGGCGAGAUCGUCCACUCGUAGAACCAGACACAAUUCCUUGGAAUCGGAGGAGCCAGAGAACAAAGAUAACGACGACAAUCGCCACCGACACGGCGGUUUCGCCACUUUGCCUCGAAGGGGCAAUCUAGCGAAAGAUCAGCCCUCGAGCGACGAUCCUCUCAGACGUUUGUCCGGCAACGCACCGAUCCUCGAGCCGCUUUACGAGCACGCGGUCAGCGAUCCGGUUAAGCCGAGGAGCGCCGAGAACGUCAUUCCUUGGUGGGAACUAGCCACCAGGAAGUACAGGCAUCGAAGUUGCCCGUCACUGCAGGUAACGCGAACAGAGAGAGAUCUCUCUCUCUCUCUCUCUCUCUCUCUCUCUUUCUCUUUCUUUAUCGUUUGUUAUUGCGUUACGACGCGCCAAAGUUAAUCGAAAAGUCUAUCAUGCGGAUUGGUUUUCAAAUCUUUCAAUUUUUCAAUUCUCGCAACUCGAAUUUUGUUAACUUUUGUAGGAUCUCGAAACUCUCGGAGCUCGAAGCGCUGAUCUCAUUCCGCGGGAUGAGUUUCACUUGUUUCAGAAACGUGGCGAUGAUAUGUUUGAUUAAUUAAUUAAUAGGUUCGAAGCAGAUUUCUAGAUUCACGCGAUUUCUAGAUUCGAGUCUUGUUAACUUUUGUAGGAUCUCGAAACUCGCGGAGCUUGAAGCGCUGAUCUCAUUCCGCGAGAAGAACUCGAAACAGUCUUUUUUUUUAUAUAAAUCCUUGUUGGUCACAGUUAAAUGAAAUACAAACAAAAAUAUUUAAUCCAAAUUCUCGUUCAAGAAGACAAACUAACAUCCCAACUAUUUCUCGAUCUAAUUUAUUUUCCUUUUGAAGAUUUAUUAUAGAUACGUUACGCUAUAUGUGUAUUAAUUAUAGAUAUAUUAGAUAUAUACACUAUAGAUAUAUUAUUAUUAUUAUUAUAGAUGGAUUACUGA